GGAAUUGUCCAUCUUCGGUAACAGCACGGAGAUCCCCGAACAGGACAGUCAUUUCUGCCCGACAGAGGAGGGGCCCCUGCUGACCUCCUUCAAAGCGGUGUUCAUGCCUGUGGCCUACAGCCUCAUCUUCCUCCUGGGAGUGACGGGAAACAUCCUGGUGCUUGUGAUCCUGGAGAGGCACCGGCACACCCGGAGCUCGACCGAGACCUUUCUGUUCCACCUCGCAGUAGCCGACCUUCUUUUGGUCUUGAUCCUGCCGUUUUCAGUGGCCGAGGGCUCUGUGGGCUGGGUCCUAGGGACCGUCCUCUGCAAAACUGUGAUCGCUCUGCACAAGGUUAAUUUCUACUGUAGCAGCCUGCUGUUGGCCUGCAUAGCUGUAGACCGUUACCUGGCCAUCGUCCACGCUGUCCACGCCUACCGCCACCGUCGCCUCCUCUCCAUCCACAUCACGUGCACGACCAUUUGGCUGGCCGGCUUCCUGUUCGCCUUACCAGAACUCCUCUUUGCCAAGGUUGGCCCACCACGUAAUGACAGCCUACCACAGUGCACCUUCUCCCAAGAAAAUGCAGCCGAAACUAGAGCCUGGUUUACUUCACGUUUCCUCUACCAUUUCGGGGGAUUUCUACUACCAAUGCUUGUGAUGGUCUGGUGUUACGUGGGGGUAGUACACAGACUAUGCCAGGCCCAGCGGCGCCCUCAGCGGCAGAAGGCAGUCAGGGUGGCCAUCUUAGUGACAAGUAUUUUCUUUCUCUGUUGGUCACCCUACCACAUUGUCAUUUUCCUAGACACACUGAAGAGGCUGAAGGCUGUGGACAACAGCUGUGAGCAGCAUGGCUAUCUCUCUGUGGCCAUCACUGUGUGUGAAUUCCUAGGCCUGGCCCACUGCUGUCUCAACCCCAUGCUUUACACCUUCGCUGGCGUGAAGUUCCGCAGUGACCUGUCCCGGCUUCUGACCAAGCUGGGCUGUGCUGGCCCUGCCUCUCUUUGCCAUAUCUUUCCCAGCCAGCGCAAGAGCAGUCUCUCCGAGUCGGAGAAUGCCACCUCUCUCACCACCUUCUAGAAUCCAGAACCUUCGCAUCUUCCUCUUUGCUUCUGUUUCCCCUGGGAGCGUAGGGUGAUGCCUGAAGCCCUUCCAACAUGACCUAGGGUUCUAGGAGCUAUGGGGCCAGUGUCCCCAGAGGGGACAGCUGGAUGAACAUUUUCUAGAAUGCCCUGGAAGCUCUUCUGCCAGCCCCUCAGCCUUGACUAGAGGCCCAGGAGGGGACAGCAGCCCCAAGGCAAAGCAAGGGUUGCGCGGACCACCUGUGUCACCUUGGACUAAGGACUCUUAAAAAUCUCCCAUCCUAACCAGACAAAGUUAAGAAUUGGCUUUACUUCUUCCCUGGCCAUAGGGAAAACCAUCUAUGCCUGUGGCCUGCAGUCUCAUCUUCCUCCUGUUUAGAAGCCCCAGAAUCUCCUUCCAGAAUGCACUCUGUCACCUUAAAGGCUGCUGACUGCCAUAGCUACCCACCAUUCCUACACGACUGAUGAGUAGCCAGCUGGCCGCAGAGUUAUGGUGUAGU